GAAUCCGUCUUUAUGUGACUGGGAGGUGCAUUUGCUCGCGUCAGUGCCAGCUCAGCAACUGACAACAAAUGACCGUCGUCAACGCGUGGAUAAUCACAUAUGCCUUCUUCCAUUCACUAGAAAAGGAACUAAGCUGUUCAAGCUCCUUCCUCCGCCUCCCCCCUCCUCGCCUCCUCUACCCUCCUGUGAUCUCCCCUCCCUUGUGCGAGGGGGGAAGCCGCUGCUGGGGGGAGAAGAUCUGUGCGCCCUGAUGCGCCUGGAUGGGGGAGGGGGAGGAGGAAGAACCGCUGAGGGAGGCACUGGGAGAAGCUUGGGAGAAUUACGGCAGGGAAGCUACUCGGAAGCUGCUCUUGAAUUCAGCAAGCUGGACAGAGUGGAUCAUCCCGAGGUGCAGCAGCAUGUGCUGUUGGGCCGAGGCAUCGCCAACACUUUCCUGGGCCAUAAGGAGAAGGCACUAAAGGAUCUCACCCAGGGCACAGAGCACUACCCACAUGUGGCGGACUUCUGGCGACGCCGGGCGCACCUGCUGGCGGCCAUGGGGAGGCAGGCAGACGCCCUGAGCGACUACUCUCGUGCUCUAGAACUCGAGCCACACCACCCUGAGACCAUUCAGGAAAGAGGAGUGCUGGCCUUCCAGGCGGGUGACUUCUGGACGGCAAUCAGUGACCUCACCGCCGCACUCAAGCGCCAACCCAAGGACCCCAUGCUCAUCCGUGCUGUGGCCUUAAGUUAUGGAGGAGCAGGGCAGUGGAGGGAUGCGGUUGAGGUGAUGGAGGAGGCAGUGAGGCGGCACCCACGAGUGGCGCUGCUGUGGAGUGACAAGGGCCGCGCGCACAAGGAGCUGGGCCAGGCGGACCUUGCAGUGGCUGCACUGCACAAGGCGCUUGCGCUGGAAGAGUCACCAGAGGCAUAUCUACGGCUGGGCCUUCAGUUGCAGAGCAUUGGGGACCACCGCUUCUUCUUCCCCUCCCAUUAUUCUUCUGGCCCACUUCCCCACUCCUUCUGUUUUCCCCUUGUUUUCAUCUCAGCUUCGUUGCACACCCUGUCCUCGCAUCAUUUGUCUGCCUGUGCGUAUCCUCUCUCCCCUCAUCCCUCAUCAGAAGCGUCAUCAAGUGCAAGAGACGCCAUCAAGUACGCCCGCAAGGGGCUGAAGCUCAAGCCAAUGGACAUUGAGCUCAACUACCUGGAAGCUUCCUCGCUGCAUGCAGUUGGGGACUACAAUGCUGCAAUAAAGCAGUACAGUGUGAUUCUAUCAUUGCCUGCUCAAGCAGCCAGCGAGUAUGCGCAGGUCCAGCAGUCCUUGGCCUUCUAUCAGAGGGACAUUGCCACGUACACAUGGUCCAAACUUGCCCGCCCUUUCCUCGACUUCCAAAUUGACCGAGACCUGGAUGUCAACUUCAAGGAGGCUUGGAUCCGCCGGCUACCACCCACAGUGCUGCCCCGCACAUACCGCCCCCUAGACCUCCCCCCAGGCGCCAGGAGCAAAGGCAAAUCCCCUGGCCUACCUGAGCUGUCAGACGGGGCCCUGGAGCUUAUUGAAAGGGCGGAUGAGAUUGGGAAGCGGACGCAGUACUUUCUGGACGGCUUCAUGCCCAACAAACGCCAGUUCCGCAUGGCAGGGCUGGCAGCUCUAGACGUGAUGCAGCAGGUUCGGACUGCAUGGGAGGGAAUGGCACAGGAGGGCGAAGAGGGCGAGGCAGUGGAGGGAGGAGUGAUAGAAAACGGAGGAGAGGAGGAGCGAGUGGAUGAGGAAGAUGGGUCCGGGUCCAGUCCUCAAGGAUCAAAUCCACGGAAUGAGAUAUCUGAACAGCCCAGGCGAAGGAACAGCAAGAGGGGAAAUCUGAGUAGAAGGGCUUUCACGGACUCUUUCUACAAGCUGACAAGAGGAGGCAGCAGGAAGGGAGAGAAGGGCGCAAAGGGAGGGUUGAAGGGGCGUGGAGGUGGGAAAGGGGGAGGGCGGCUGAUGUCAGGCUGGAGGGACGUGUUCAAUGUGAUUGUGCCGUGGAGGCAGAUAGGCGAGCCCACUGAUCUUGUGGCUUGGAUCGACCUGCUGGACAAUGAGAUCGAGAGGGGGUAUGGAGGCCUGACAGCCCUCCAGGUGGGCCAGAUGCAGAACGUCAAGUACUACCCACUCACGGACAGAACGCUGGAGGUGGUGAAGCAGCGGUUGCUGGAAGCAGAGGAAGCUUUCAACGCGACAGGCAUGACCAUGAGCUCUAAGAGCGUGCACGGGCUCAUGGGUGCGGCACUGGGAGGCAAGUUCAGCAUUCCAAAGGCCAUCUAUGGUGAAAAGAUCAAGCGGGCAGCGACGCUGCAGGAACUCCAUGCAGUUGUGGGCUGCGAUUUCUUCAUCAACUCGAAGUGCUUCAGCGAAGCCAUUCCAGGCAAAGCUAUUCUCGGGACAGAAUUCUCCAUUGUCGCAUCCGCUCGGUCGUUUGACUUUGCCAUUCGCACGUCAGUGGACCGGCCGCGAUGGAAGCACCUUGACUUGGAGCUCACAGGAGCAUGGGAGGCGCUGUGUGCCGCAGUGCUGGACGCACACACAGAGGCAGCGGACCCGCAUCGCUACCGCCAGACGAUUCAAGACGCCAUCCUCCGGUUGGGGUACUUCUGGUAUCAGUUCAUGCCUCUCACUAGAGGAUCUGCCAUGGUGGGACUGAUCUCCAUUCUGGGUCUGUCCCUGGCUGCUGACAUGGAAACCACCGCUUUCAUCCCUAAGGGAGUACAGGCGGUGCUGCUCUGUUGGAGGCGGUGCUGCUGUGUUGGAGUGGGUGCUGCUGUGUUGGAGAAGCGGCGAGUGGAAAAGCAGCAACUGGAGAAGCAAGCAAGUAACUGGAGCUCUUCCUUUCUUCUCCUCGCCCUCUCAUCUUCCUCCUCAUUCGCGUUUUCCACUCACUUCAGUGUCACUUGCGUACGCCGUGCUAAUCGCCUUCCCUCUCACCUCCCUUCUCUGCUCCGUCCACUUUUCUCCCUCUUCUCUCCUCCUGCCAGCAUCCCUCUUCCUGCCAUCCCUCUGCCAGCACACCCACAGGCCGGCAGCCACAGCGAGCAUGGAGGAGCAGUGCAAGCAGCGUGGCGAUUGAACAGACGAGUGGAUCAACACAAGGAGGAGCAGCACCUUCAAGUGAGGCGCUUUGACCCCCUGGGGGGCAAAGGAUCAACACAAGAGGAGCAGCAAGAGGAGGAGCAGCACCUUCCAGUGAGGCGCUUUGACCCCCUGGGGGGCAAAGGAUCAACACAAGGAGGAGCAGCAAGAGGAGGAGCAGCACCUUCAAAGGAGCAGCAAGAGGAGGAGCAGCACCUUCAAGUGAGGCGCUUUGACCCCCUGGGGGGCAAAGGAUCAACACACGAGGAGCAGCAGGAGGUGGAGCGGCGCCUUCAAACAGCCGCGAGACUUCACGACUUCAAGACCAGAGCAGAGGAGGCGUGGAGGAGAGGAGGCGUGGAGGAAAGGAGGCGCGGAGGAGAGGAGGUGCGGAGGAGAGGAAGCGCGGAGGAGAGGAGGCGCGGAGGAGAAAAGGCGCGGAGGAGAGGAGGCGCUAAGGAGAAUUCCCUGCCAUUGCACUGCCGCCCUGUGCCUGCCUCUUCCCAUUUCACAGCAGCACAGGAGACGGAGCAGCAGAGGAGACGGCGCAGCAGAGGAGAGGAAGGAGAGCCAAAGGAGAUGAUGGCAUUGGAGAGACAUGGAGCAGAGGGCACGGAGGAGAAGGCACGGAGGGGGGAAGGCCAAAGGAGCAGAGGAGCAGAGAACCGCACAGCUGCGAUUCCCCCCAACUCUGCUGGGCGCACGGAGGGGAGAAGGAAUGGAGGGGAGAAGGCAUGUAGGGGAGAAGGCACGGAGGAGAGAAGGAAUGGAGGGGAGAAGGCAUGGAGGGGAGAAGGCACAGAGGAGAGAAGGCAUGGAGGGGAGAAGGCAAGGCGCGGAGAAGGCACACAGGCACGGCUGUGA